CGUCUCUCUUCCCCCAAUGGCACAGCGGAUCUCCUCGACGCCGUGCGACGCGUCCGGCUGCGAGGCGACGGAGGAGGCGCCGCUGCUGGACGUCGAGAAGGGCGCACCCGAAGAACGCGGCACGGCGUCGCCGGCGGACGAUGGGGGCGUGGAAACAUCCGGCUGCCGGCGCUUUUUCCAGGAGUUCUUGGCCGUUGUGUGGCUGUGCAUGGUGAAUCAGAUGAGGAUAGCCUAUAACGCCUACGGUGACACCGAAACGAGACCGUUCAUGGUGCUUCUGAUGGUAAUGCUCGCCUUGACUGUCGCCAACGUGUUUCACUUGGUCAGCACGCAGCCUGCGUACCCUCCGGCACAAUCUACCUCCGUGCUUCACUGAUUUGUUUGGUAGCUAGCCCGCUUUUACCACAAGCGUAGCGAUCAAUUUAGCCGCUAGAAAGAUAGUAUAUGGCAUUACCCAGAUUUGUGGCAUGAAAAUAUGGCAGUGUGUACAAGUGUAUGGCAGCCAAACAUGCCUAAGUUUUGCAGCUGAUGAGUCUCCAGUGCAUCUCUCUCUAGUCAUUCAAACUAAUUGAAUGUCGGUGCGUUUGUCAUGGAAUAAUAAAACCUACAUACACAAUGAUCAUAACAUCGUCGACGUGCCGCGUGUGCUUAGGGCACCGUGGGCAUAGUUAGAAUGGAUGGUGAGUGAUGGCAUGUGCUGGUUGCGCUCUUCGUUUCCAGACAGAAACUCGACAAAUAAGUCUCCUUGGAAAAAUAAAAAACAUAUUAAAAUAGCAGUGGAAAGCUCGGGAUGAGAUAAGCACCACACUUGAUAGUAAACACAC